AUGCGCUUCCUCAAACAUCUCGUAAAGCCUCCAAGGGGGGCAGCUUUGCGCACAAGACAUUUCCGCUCCUUGUCCGGGACCAGCCCAUUGAACGACGAGGACCGGACCCACAGCAAGGACAGGGGGGAGGGACACAGCAGGAAGGGCAGUCGGGGCGGGAGAUACCAGUCAUCGCACGCCUCACCAUACACCGACCUUCACGCCUCAUCCGCUUCGAAAGCUCCGGCAGAAGUCCUCAUGACAAUAUUCUCCUUCGUCUGCCCACAUGCCCUCGACGAGACUUACCUCUCUGCGGAAGAGUCGGCAAUUGAGCUAGGGUGCAUGCUAUGCGACAUGCGGGAGCUCUCCCAUUGCGCCCUUGUCUGUCGCUCAUGGCACGGCGCCGCACAAUUGCUGCAGUACCGCAGCAUCCGACUGGACAGCGUGCACUACUGCGGUUUGGAGGAGGAACUGCAAGUGCGAAGGAAGCGGGGCUCCCUCUUUCAGAAGCAGACCUCCCUGCUCGAAGUCCCGGAGCGCAGGAUGCGACUGCUCUAUCGAACCUUCCAGGAGAAUGAGGCCACGGCUACGCUCACAGAGUUUUUGAAAAUACCCUACAUGACCCGGGAGACGUGCAAGCAGGACUUGGCGCCGCUUGUGUCACUGUUACCGAAUUUGAGAUAUGUGGAUUUGCCGGAAGGGGUUUACCAGGACGAUCCUUCCUGCGCUUCCUUGAAGGCUAUACUCUACACCCGGUGUCCCGACUUACGGAAGAUGAGUUGGGCCGGGGGUUCCGAGAAGGGUUUUGUCCAUCUGUGGAUUGAACCUCCGUGGCUGUGCCUCCAAGUUGUCGAGCUCACGGAUAUGAGAGUCGAGAACCAGGACCUGGUCCGGGUGCUCUCCUCCAUGCCAUACCUCACCAACCUAAAAAUAAAGUCCAUGCCAUGGACCACAGACGCAAUCUUCGACUCCACAGCCACCGACGCUGGCCCCCUCCCUGCUCUGCAGACACUCACCAUCGAGGACACUCCAUCCAUCACCAUCGCUGGCCUAACAGCCUACCUCGCCCGCCCCGUCGCUUCGGAGACCCUGGAAACACUGACGAUAACAAACACCCCCAUCCCCGUCCACUCCUUGCACCAAAUACUCCCGCUGGCAACACGCCUAACCUCGCUCUCCAUCCGCGCACAAGUCUCACGCACGAUCUCGCGCCAAGACGUACCGCUCCUGGCCUCCGCAUCGUUAACUCACCUCGCCUACGACAUCACCGACGAUGACACAUCCGCUAAAUCGCUUGCAAAACCCUCCCCUUCGUACUACGCAUAUCUCUCGGAAUCCCUCUGGGACGGCGGAAUGCCAGAGCUGAAAACCCUCUACGUCCGCGAACCCGCAUUUCCCGCGCGCCUUCAGAACGAUAAAGCCUCCGCGAGGGCAUCCGCUGCGACGGGCUGGAAACGGGGAUUGUACUUGCACACCAAGGGAAUGGAACACUUGGAAUGGACAAAGUAUAGCGUUAGAGGCGUCGGCAGGGGUUUACUGGUCCUGCCGACCCCUGGAGGAGGAGGGGCUUGUUCACGUGCUAGCUUUUUCGCGGACCCUGGCGACGGAAACGGAGGUGGGAAGGGUAGGGCGAGCUUUCCCGGCAUGCCCGGUGAUGCGGAGGAGCACACGCCCGGCAAGCGGGAAAGGAGGAAGAGUCGGGUGGAUUUGUGGAGGUGAUUGGCGCAUUUCUUUCGAUGGGAUGGGUGUAUAUAUAGCUUUCCUGUGGGUUUGACCCCUCAUUUUUUUUUUUCAUUUUUUUUUUCUUGGAGGGGGCGUAUUUAUCACUUUUAUACCGCGUGGUCCUGGAGGACCACGACCUACCUGCCCUGUGCGGCCGGGCCAGUUUCAGGGUUUCUUCUAGGUUGGGAAUAGCCUCUUGUUGGAGAAGUGCAGUGCAAUUCUCCCGGGUGCAUUCGAAUAGCGAAUUGGAACUGAUGUAUUGUUUUUUUUUUUUUUGUUCUCACCCUGAUGAGACGAGUGAUUAUAUCAUGAUUAGUCAGCGAUAUAGUACCGGUAUCACAUCUUGUAUGAUGGCAUACCAUCCUGCACGGUACGGAAUAAACAACAAUCAUCGUUACUUGUACAUCCAUUAAGCUGUACGGGUACCUUUGGCACG